CAAAGCUCGGCGGGUGGAGGGAGGGAGGAGGAGAAUUUUUUUGUUUAUUUUCGUGGCCAGCUAGCCAGACAGAGCAUUGUUACCUAACAUUGCACCAAUUCUUUUCCGUAAUCAACGCGUUAAGAUUCGAGCCGAUGGAAGAGUGUGAGCUGCAGUAAUAUGUUUUAAUAUUUCGCGAGGAAGGGGGAUUUUGAGUCAGAAAAAAUAGAUCCCGUGUGGGAGAAGUUAACGAAGAUCUGCUAGCCUCCGUGUGCUAACAAGCUAAACACACGAGCUAGUUGACGCCAUCAACAUUUAGAUAAAAACUGCGGAACUUAUCUCAUCCCGCAACAUUGAGACGACCUACUACUGCACGGCUGCUGAGCGUGGGCUGCUUCGGGUAAACAAUAAACUCAGCUUGACACUCCUGCUGAAAGUGUAGAGGAUACCGCUGGAAAUCCUACCAAAUAUUAAAAUUUACAAAGCAAGAUGUCAAUCACAAACACUCCCACGAGCAACGAUGCUUGCCUGAGCAUCGUGCAUAGCCUCAUGUGCCACCGACAGGGAGGGGAGAGUGAAAGCUUCGCCAAGCGAGCCAUCGAGAGUCUCGUCAAGAAGCUGAAGGAGAAGAAAGAUGAGCUGGAUUCCCUCAUCACAGCCAUCACCACAAACGGAGCUCAUCCCAGCAAGUGUGUAACCAUUCAGCGAACUUUGGAUGGACGCCUGCAGGUAGCAGGGCGUAAAGGUUUCCCCCAUGUUGUUUAUGCCAGACUGUGGCGGUGGCCGGAUCUACACAAGAACGAGCUGAAACAUGUGAAAUACUGCCAGUAUGCCUUCGACCUGAAAUGUGACAGUGUUUGUGUCAACCCGUACCACUAUGAGAGGGUUGUUUCUCCGGGAAUUGACUUAUCAACACUGACCCUUUCAAAUUCAGGUCCGCUUAUUGUCAAAGACGAGUUUGACUUCGACAACCAGCAGUCUCACUCCAGCUCGGAAAACCACCUGCAGACCAUCCAGCAUCCUCCGUCGCGGCCGGUUCCACAGGAGCAGUUCGCUAGCCCCCCUCUACUACCCCCGUCGGAGGGCAGCAGCUCAGCCUCAUCUUCUGCGUUCUCUGCCAUCAGUGCUGGACCGUCAAAUCCAACCCCAAACUGGAGCAGAACCAGCAGCUUCCCCCCAGCGGUGCCUCAACACCAGAACGGGCAUCUACAGCAUCAUCCUCCAAUGCCUCACACGGGGCAUUACUGGCCUGUUACCAAUGAAAUUGCAUUCCAGCCCCCCAUAUCCAAUCACCCUGCUCCAGAAUACUGGUGCUCCAUUGCUUACUUUGAGAUGGACGUUCAGGUGGGGGAGACAUUUAAGGUGCCCUCCACCUGUCCCAUAGUCACUGUGGACGGUUAUGUGGAUCCUUCAGGAGGAGAUCGUUUCUGCUUGGGCCAGCUGAGUAAUGUCCACAGGACGGAGAACAUCGAAAGAGCCAGGCUCCACAUUGGCAAAGGUGUGCAGCUGGAAUGCAAAGGUGAAGGAGACGUGUGGGUGCGCUGCCUGAGUGACCACGCAGUGUUCGUGCAGAGCUAUUAUCUGGACCGAGAGGCCGGGCGUGCCCCGGGCGAUGCAGUCCAUAAGAUCUACCCCAGUGCUUACAUCAAGGUGUUUGACCUGCGCCAGUGCCACAGGCAGAUGCAGCAGCAGGCGGCGACGGCUCAGGCAGCAGCUGCGGCUCAGGCAGCCGCGGUGGCUGGGAACAUUCCAGGGCCUGGCUCCGUGGGAGGCAUCGCCCCCGCCAUCAGUUUGUCUGCAGCCGCAGGCAUCGGGGUGGACGACCUGCGCAGGCUGUGCAUCCUGCGCAUGAGCUUCGUAAAGGGCUGGGGGCCGGACUACCCGCGGCAGAGCAUCAAGGAGACGCCCUGCUGGAUCGAGAUCCAUUUACACCGAGCCCUGCAACUACUAGAUGAAGUCCUGCACACCAUGCCCAUAGCUGACCCUCAGCCUCUUGACUGAAAAUGAACUGUACCAAAAAAACAAAAACAAAAAAAAAACAAGGUAACUACUCUUUGACACACCACUUCACCUGUAGGCCUGGAACGCCAGAGGACUGUAAUUACAUGGAUGCUGUAUAGGUUGUAGUUGUAAAGAGGACCUGACGGCCGGCAUUGUACUCCAGUUUUUUUUAACCACUUGUGAGCUGGAAUGCUAAAGUCCUUAUGUAAAAAAAAAAAAA